GGCGUCAUUGAAAUGUGCAUAACUUUAUAUCGAGUCCGACGAUAAUGUGUGAAAAGAAAAUGGUUAAUUGGACAAUAGAAUUUGCAGAAGUAUCUAAAAAAAUGUGAUCAUACUUGUAUAGGAUACUGGCGAGUUCACGAAAAUCGCAGCAUCGCUUUCGGUCGCAAUUUCGGUACAAGUUGAAUAACUUGGUGUCGCCGCUUCUACAAACGCGUAAAGAAAAUACGGGACAACAAGAUGAAGAUUCGAAAUACGUAAAUGUCACGGCAUGUUGCGAACACUCCCGCAAGAUCGAUCGCAAGCGAUCUGAGGCGAUAUUAAAAUUUCUGACUAAACUUAAAAUAGUCAAGUCAUCGAAGAGUCAGGUGCAGUAUUACGAUUGCAAAUCUGCGGCUUCCAAUUGUAGCAUUAGUCAUGCUGGAGAUACGAUGAAUCCAUCAUUGCGUCGCAAUACGUGUGAAAAUGUGAUCAAUAAAGAACCGAUUGGCUCGACGAUUGCUGCAAAAAGUAAACUAGAACCGAAAUCCCCUGUCAUAGCCUAUGAUUAUGAGGCAGCUAUCAGUCAGCCUGACAUUCCAAUAUGCUCAAAUAUUGAUAAUAACACGCUGAACCCAAGUUGGUCAGAGCAAAGUGAUGAAUUGUCAGCGCCGACCAAGAAAAGAAAUUUUUAUGUUCGUGGAAAAACGGGUUUGACUACUAAAAAGAAAGGAAUUGUUUUUAAAUCGAAGAUACAAGCAAAAAAGGUUACUCACAUUAAAAAAGAAUUGAUACCUUCCUCAAAAAUUAUUCGAAACGUUGAAAAUUAUAUACAGAAAAAUAAUGACGACGGAGUUACUCCAAAUUGCCAUAUGCCACUUAACCAAAAUUUGGUGCUUUCUCGAGAUGUUCGAAAGUCGCCAGAAAUCGCAAAAAAUGGCAAAAAUCUUACGAGCAAAGCUACCAGCGUUUUUCAAGAAAAUUUUAAUAAAAUUAAUAAAGAUACAAAAUCAGGUGCUCCUCAAAAUAUCAGUAAAAUUCCACGAAUAAAACCACCGAUAAAACCGAAUUCCUUUUUAUCUACACAUGGAGAAUCUCCUGUUUAUCCGAGUGCAAAAUUAUCAUUAAAAAAUGAAUUAAAAUUUUCCACGGAAUUUGUCGCAGUCAAUGAAGAAGAAAAGAUAUUCGAAUUGGAAAAUAGUUCGAAGAGGGAAACUUUAUACGCACUGGACUAUAAAAAAACCAAAAACAUUUUACCAAUCCUUAAUGAAAACUCAAAUUUUUGGUGUCCCGAGAAAAGUUCAGAGAUGGAUGCUGAUGAAGAAUUCGAGGGAGAUCUGUUGACUUCGACAAAAGAAUCGCCGGUCAUUACAAGCGCUGGCGAUGAUCCGCGUUCUGCCACAUUAUUAAAAAGCUUGGCUCUAAAAUGUGAAUGUCGAUCAUGCAAUGAUCAUAAAUACGCUUCUACUGUUCGUACUGAUCAACAUACCGAGACCGAAUCUUGGAUCUCUCCAGAGAUAGAAAGCACGAGAAAAUGGAAAUCAAUGAGACAUCGUAAAUUCAUCGAUGCGAGUUCCGAAGAUUUGGACUUGUUACCGAAUUAUAAUACUAUUAAUUAUAACAAGACAAACGGGAAGAAUAAUGGGUCGAAUUUUGCGGGUCAUAUUACGAAACAAUCCUCAAUAGUUAACCACACAAAAAUGAAAACUUAUCAGAAGACCAAUUUUUUUAAUGUCUUCUUCGAUAUUGUUUUUUGGCCUUUCGUUUUCCUUCGCGCAAAACAAUAACUCAUUACCAUGUAUAGAAUUAUAAAUCCCUGUUACUUAUUAUUACGUAGCUUGUUGAUACUUUGAUGCAUUGUAUGUAAUCUUAGAACAUUAAUACUGAAAGGGCCAUACCAUAUCUGACCAAUGUAAUAAAAGUGUCUCCAACAUCUAUCUAUCUUUGUCUGAAAGCUUGUUGCUGUGCGCUUGUGCGUGAUUUAUAUAUGAGCUUUGAACGUAUACAUAUAUAUGUUUCAAGGCGAGAGCGGUGAGAAUAUAACACUCUUGACACUACAUAUAAUAAUAAUCGACGCAUGCGCAUUACGGUGAAGUAUUCAGACAAGGACAGAUAGAUAUUGGAGCCAUCGACAAUCAUCUAUGAUCCUUCCAGUAUAUAUGUUCUAAGUAUGUAAUAUUAUGAUAAUGAGAACAUGAACGAAAAACAUCCUUGAAAUUUAUAAAAACAUGGAUUUAAUGUAUUAUAAAUCAUUUCUAACAU